UAUGAACUGACUCCUGGACUGUUCCAGGGACUAACUGAUCUAACUUCUCUGGAUUUCACGGACCACAAUUCAAUGGAGAUCAAACCGAAUGCUUUUCGUGGAUUGAAUAGCUUGAAAAAUCUUAGGCUAGGAAGAAACCACUUAAGAAGUGUGACAGAUGGGAAUAUCUGGAAUGGAUUAAAUUCUCUGGUGCAACUGGAUUUAUCUAGUAAUGAAAUAGAGGAAAUCGGUGAUGAAGUCUUCAGUCAGCUUCAAACUCUUAAGUUUCUUGACCUUGGAAAUAACAGCAUGGAAAGUUUCACUCAGGCUAAACUUGCUGGUUUAAACAAACUUGAGCAUCUGAGUUUACAAAGAAAUCCACUGCAAUUCAUUCCUAAGUCUGCGCUGCGUGCACUUCCCCAACUCCUCAUCCUAGAGUUACAACAUUCAGACAUCAAAAUGAUCAAACUUGAUGAUUUUCAGAAUGUUCCAAAUCUGAACGGAUUGAAUCUAGAUUACAAUGAUUUGAAUGAAAUGCCGAUUGAAGCAUUGUCGAUACUUAGUAAUCUCAAAUCUUUGCUCAUGCGUGGUGUAAAAACGACAACUUUACAGAAGGAUGCUUUCAAAAAUCUCGGCAACUUGACUGAACUGAUAAUGUCCCAUGGCGAGUGGUCAGAAAUUCAUGCAGAAGCAUUUAAUGGUUUGGUGAAACUGCAAAAGUUAGAUAUCUCGUACAACAAACUGGAGUAUCUUCCAUCUAAAGUAUUUGACAUGAUUACCGUCAGUGACAAAACCGUGAUCAAUUUGUCUCACAAUCCAUGGAUGUGUGACUGUCACUUUGGUGAUUUCGCUCACUGGUCUUUAUACUAUUACUCAAAUGCAACAUUACACAACGUCUUCAAAGAUUUGAUCUGCGAGACUCCCCCUCAGUUAGAGGGCUACUACAUAUGGAAUGUACCUGCCGACAAUUUCACAUGUCCACCACCGCGUCCAAAACCAGCAAUGAGUCAGAUGGAGAUUGAUGUCAUCAUUGGCAGCAUCGUCGGAUGUGUUUUAGUUGUCACCGUUCUAGCCAUCGCUGGAACCAAAUACUAUAAAAGGCGAAGAACCAAAGUGAGGCGACAACGACAACGAAGUGUAAACCUUGUUGUGUGGGAUGACAAUUCUGAAGAACAAGACCAGGGUAUGAACAACCACGAUAAUAGAUCAACAACAUCAGUUAUCAGUCUAUAGCAUUAUGCUAACACACUUGUGUUAUAUAAAAUUUCCUCCCUGCUGUAAACCAUUUAUUUUUGUACAGUUUUCACAGAGCUUUGUAUUAUAUUAAGUUUGGUACCUACAAUGUACUACUACACCCAUUUGCAGUAUAAAGUACUUGUAUACAUCUGGGAACUAGGAACUGAAAAUUAUGAUAAUUCCAAAUAAGAAAUGAUGAUAUUAUCAAGAUGGCAGAUAGAUAUAUCCUACCUUAUUAGGAAAUAAAAAUUCCAAAUAAGGAAUACUUUAAGGAGUACUGUAAAAUCUGUAUUAGACACUGUGGCUUUUAUUAAAAUGGUAAAAUGCAACA